UUGGCUGAGCCUGGAAUAGUUCUUCCUCUAGGCCAUUGUUGUGGCACACUUUUAAUGCAGGAGUGUGUGAGAGGAGGAGGGGGGUUAAUCCUGCUUUUAGUGUCUUUGUAUAAGAUUUUUGAGGCGACAGCUUGGGUGCGGGGUGGGUGGAGACACUGCAAGCUGAGCAGGCGAGCAAGGCAUGCACUCCCCGAAUCCCUCCCUUUCACUCUUUCACUCAGUGCUUCUCUGCCAACGGCCACAUGUGGAUAUAUGCAACAGAUCUGUCGGCAAGGAGUGGGAUUUUCCUCUGUUUUCUGCUUUUUCUCUUCAAUCCGAUGCUGAACAAGAAAUGAGGAUUUUAUAAUGUUAGAAAAUUAAGAAGAUUCUUUUUUUGGGUGCUUUGCCCCCGCCCUCCUCCUCUGUGUAGGUCUCAAUCGCAGUAAGAUGGGGACUAAAUGCAACGGAGGCAAAGGCAGCGCCCCCCCCUCUGUACUAUUCAAACUAUUCAUCUGGAUUGCACUUGUAAACUGUGUCGACGGCAAGACAUUAAAAUACCAAGUGUAUGAAGAGCAGCGAGUGGGGACUGUUAUCGCACGGCUCAAGGCGGAUGUUGCUGAAGUUUUAUCCAAACUACCGAGCUCUCUGUCUUUUCGCUUCAAAGCCAUGCAGCGGGGGAGUACGCCGUUCCUGUCUGUCCGCGAGGAUGACGGAGAAAUCAGCAUUGGCUCCAAAAUCGACCGCGAGAAGCUCUGUGAGAAAAAUUUGAACUGUUCCAUUGAAUUUGACGUGGUCACGCUUCCGACCGAGUACCUGCAGUUGUUCCACGUGGAAGUGGAAGUGUUGGACAUAAACGAUAAUUCCCCGCACUUCUCCCGUGCUAUUGUCCCUAUUGAGAUCUCUGAGAGCGCGUCUGUGGGCACUCGAAUCCCACUAGACGCCGCCAUGGACGCAGACGUUGGGGAGAACUCGCUGCACUCAUACUCCCUCACUCCCAACAACUUUUUUAAGAUUGACAUCAGGACCAGGACUGACGGAGCCAAGUAUGCAGAGUUGGUAGUCACACGGGAGUUGGACAGGGAGGUGCAGUCCAGCUACCAGCUGCGGCUUACAGCUUCAGAUAAUGGUGGACCCCCCAAGUCUGGCUCCACCUUGCUUAAAAUUAGCAUCUCUGAUUCAAAUGACAACAGCCCAACAUUUGAAGAGCAAGCAUAUGUCAUCAAUUUUUGGGAAAACUCUCCUCUUGGGACUCUUCUCAUUGAUUUAAAUGCUACAGAUCCAGAUGAGGGCACUAACGGGAAAAUAGUCUACUCUUUCAGCAGUCAUGUCCCACCAAAGAUCUUGGAAACCUUUAAAAUAAAUCCAGAAAAUGGCCACAUCACUCUUAUUAAAAAGGUGGACUUUGAAGCCACUUCAUCGUAUGAGCUUGAUGUUCAGGCGCAGGAUUUGGGCCCAAACUCCAUUCCAGGGCUUUGCAAAAUAGUUGUGAAAGUUGUGGAUGUAAAUGACAAUAAACCAGAGAUAAACAUCAACCUGAUGACGCCAGGCAAAGAGGAAGUGGCCUACAUUUCAGAGGGCGCACCUGUGGAUACCUUCAUUGCUCUGGUUCGCAUCGACGACAGUGACACAGGGCUGAAUGGUGAAGUGGUGUGCAGGCUUCAUGGCCACGGUCACUUCAGACUUCAGAAAACAUAUGAGAAGAACUACAUGAUCCUCACCAACAUCUCCCUGGAUAGAGAGAAGAGGUCAGAGUACAGUCUAACGGUCAUUGCUGAGGACCGAGGCUCCCCAAGCCUCUCCACCAUCAAACAUUUUACUGUUCAGGUGCUGGAUGAAAAUGACAAUCCUCCGCGUUUUGAGAAGAGCCGCUAUGAGGUGUUCAAAUCUGAGAAUAACUCACCAGGGGCCUAUCUGAUGACAGUGGUUGCCUCUGAUCCAGAUCUGGGCACCAAUGGUCAAGUUACUUAUGCCAUAGUUGAUGCCCUGGUGCAGGGGAGCCCCAUUUCCACAUAUGUAACCAUUGACCCGUCCAAUGGUGCCAUCUAUGCCUUGAGGAGCUUUGACUAUGAGGACGUUAGUCACAUCACCUUCAUCAUCCAAGGGCGCGAUGGGGGAAACCCUUCACUGUCUGCUAAUACAACCGUCCUGCUUACAGUUUUGGAUGAAAAUGACAAUCCACCCAUCAUCCUCUACCCUUCGCUGCAAAAUCAUACCGCUGAACUUCCAGUGUGGAAGUACGCAUCUCCCGGUCAGUUGAUCACGGCUUUGAAAGUCACAGACCGUGACGCCGGUGCCAACGGAGAGAUGAGUUGCUCAAUUGUUAGUGGAAACGAAGACGGCCUGUUUGUAAUGGACGCAAGACGUUGUGAGCUCAGAACCAAUGCAAGCUUGGAACAAGUGCUACGAGAUGUGCUGGAGAUCAGGUUAGAAGUCCAGGAUCGGGGAACCAACCGACUCACAACAGGGGCCCUGCUCAAACUCACGCUGCAGGAGAAUAUAGACAUCCUCCCCACUCUUUACCCCACCGGCUCCAGCCAGCCAUCUUUUGAUCUUUCUAUGGUCGUCAUCAUAUCUUUGGGGGCAGUUUGUGCUCUGCUUCUUAUUGUCAUGGUGAUGUUUGCCACAACACGCUGCACCCGUGAGAAGAAAGACCCGAAGCGUAACUACAAUUGCCGAGUUGCGGAAAACAUUUAUCAAAACCAACCAAAGAAACCAACAAGGCAGAUCCACAAGGCAGACAUUACUCUGGUCCCGACAGUCAAUGGAACUCUGCCUGUCCGGUCCCACCCACACUCCCCUUCAGCUUCUCCUGCUCCUGAUCGAGGCACCCUGGGAAGCAGGCAGAGCCAUCACAGCCACCAGUCGCUUAACAGUCUUGUUACCAUUUCCUCCAAUCAUGUGGCUGAGAAUUUCGCCCUGGAGUUGGCCCACACCACACCUCCUGUUGAGCAAGUCUCACAGCUUCUGUCCAUGCUCCAUCAGGGCCAGUACCAGCCACGGCCAAGUUUCAGAGGCAACAAAUACACCAGGAGCUACAGAUAUGCCUUAAAUGAGAUGGAUAAGUUCAGUUUGAAGGACAGCGGACGUGGUGACAGUGAAGCAGGCGACAGCGACUACGAGGCCGGCAGGGAGUCGCCCUUUGAUCGACUCCUUGGUGAGGGAUUUACUGAGCUUUACCUCCAUGAUGUCCAUCACAGAACACAUGCAGGUAUGAGGUUCUGCACUGAGGAGUGUCGUGUUCUGGGUCAUUCGGAUCAGUGCUGGAUGCCCCCCCUUGUCUGCCCAGCUUCAUCCUCCUCCGACUACAGAAGUAAUCUCUACAUUCCUGGGGAGGAAGCUCACCAAUCUGCUGACCUUUCCCCAGAGAACAUCCCACAGCCGAGCCCUGAAGUCGCAUCGGACCGGAACCAGAGCUUCUCCACCUUUGGAAAGGAUCUGAGCAGAGAGGACGUGGAAGGUGGAGGCGAUGAAGACCUUUGUGCAACUUCAUUGUUGUCCGAGAUGAGCAGUGUUUUCCAGCGUCUAAUGCCACAAGGGCUAGAUUCAUACGUUCAAGUCAACGAGAACCAGAAGGGAUCUGGUCUGAGCGGUCUGAGUAUACCGAUGACCGGGUCUUUGGAUCGGAGGAGGGGUCAUCUUCCCGGGAAGGCCAACGCGUCCGUUCACCAGCAGGGUGUGGCAGCAUGGGCCGCCAACACUCACUUCCAGAAUCCAGGAAGCGGCGUCGUCCCGUCUGGUCAUCACCAGGGAGGCAGCUACCACACCCUGAAAGCCAGCACCAAGCUGGGCUGCCAGAAUCUCAGUGUCAAGAACUCACAGGCGGUCAAAAACGGCUCGCAGAACCUCAAACCUCACAGCAGCCAGACACUCACAGCAACGUGCGGUCCUACACCGGCGCUGCCUUGCCACGCUCCUGGGCCGGUACCUGCGCCUCUUCCUGCUCCGCCCUGCAAGUGGCUUCCUGCCAUGGAGGAAAUCCCUGAGAACUAUGAAGAAGACGAUUUUGAAUCGGUCCUCAACCACCUGCAGGGAAAACGCAGCGACAGUCGCCAAGAGCUGGUGGACGCCAGCGAACUGGUGGCUGAGAUCAAUAAACUGCUGCAAGACGUCCGACAGAGCUAGACGCCAUUCUCUUCAACUUUGUCUCUAUGGUUAACAUUUUUAUUGUAUUUAUUCUGCAACCACUGACUUUUUUUUUUUUUUUUUGCACGUGAUUGCGUGACAAGUGAGGUACGAAUUAUAGGAAAGUGAAUUUUACAACAAAUUAUGAUUCGAUUCGAUUCUUGGUGGGACAAUUCGGUUCAGAAUCAAUUCUCGAUUCAAACCGUUUUCACCAUGUAAUAUUUGAUACAAAAAUGAUAAAACCUUUUCAAAACAGGUUAUAAAAGCUCCUCCUUGCUGUUGACGUAUGACGUAUACACAGCAAGUAGGCGUGGAGGUGGCCUAAAAAGCAUUUUCAAAAAUUGUAUUUAAAAAAAAACAUUUGUUUCAAAUGUGAAUAAAUAAGAAUCGCGAUUUAGAUGCGAAUCGCAGACCUAGCGAAAAAGAUCGAAAAGAGGAACAACGAGACCUGCAAUUGUCGUUAAAGUUGCAUUUCUAAGUAGUAAUUAUGUUAUAUGAAUGCUAAACAGCCCAAAAAAUAUUUGUAAUUGUUGGACAUUACUCCACUGUAUUUAUCUUUGUAUUUUAAAAAUACAUUCGUAUGCAUAUAUUUAUAAAAAAAACAAAAACAAUGUAAAUAAACUGAACCAAAGGUCUAUUUUUAUAUAUUUCUGAAUGCAUGUUGUCUACAAAACAAUGAAUUGAGAUUUUGACAUGCGAUUGACAUUCUGGAUAUUUAAAUGUUGUUUUUUCUUCUUUGUAUUGCAUAAUAAUUGUAUGUACGCAUGAAUUUACAAAGUAAGUGAAACUUGUCCAUGUGAGGUUUGUGGGAAAAUAUAUGACACUUCAAUAAAACACAAAAAUGAA